AUGUCACAUCAGCCACAUCCACGCAUAUUACGAUCUCUUCUAUAUACACUCCUCAUCCUAUGCAUCAUUACCUUCUGCUAUAAAUAUCAAUUCACAUUCCCCGCGUCUCCGAACCUUCCGAUCGAUGAACAUCGGAGCACACCCAUCUACGAACAUAUUUCUCCAUACCGACAACAUGCGAAUCGCACACAAGAAGAAGUGCUCGAGAAGAAACUAAUCAAAAUAGAAGAGAGCAUUAUCUCCGCACUUCAAGAACUCGAAAAAGGCACUCGAGCACGAAAAGUUAUUUGGCAAAUCACUUCAGAGCUCGAAGCACCCAGUUGGGAAGAAUGGACACAAAGAUGGGCAGCUAUUAAUCCAGAGUGGGAAAUUAAACAAUACGCUUCAUCAUCGCCCGGUCCGGAUAUUCUCCCGUAUUUUCGUUCCAUCCCUUUAAUCGCGGAGACGCUCUCUGCGCACCCAGAACUCGAAAUUGAUCUUUUUCGCUGGUUGUUACUUUGGUAUCAUGGGGGUUUCUAUCUCGAACCGGAUAUUUGGCCUCGAGUGGCUAUAGGUGAAUGUUUCGAUCUCGAUAUCAUUGAACAUCCUUCCCUGGGUCUUCCUCGAAGUUAUCCCAAUUCAACAGGUCGAUAUGUGGAACAGAGGGAGCGAUCGAGUCCCAUAAGUUUGGUGCUCGGUAUCGAUAUCGAUGAACCGUAUAUGGCGUCUCAUGUUAGGGAGAAAUGGGGCUGGUCGAGAACUUUCGGUUUUGCUACUUAUGCUAUGUGGGCACCGGGACGUUUUGAUCCGUUAUUGAGGAAAGCGAUUGUGAGAUGUAUUUCGCAUUCUUCUACGGGACUUUUCGGGGAAAAGAUCGAUGCGAAGGAAUCGGGGGAAGUGUGUGGAGGGGCUAUGUUAACGGAUAUUGUGUUGGAGAUGUUGAGCGAGAAUUUGAAAGAUGUACAUCGAGUGCGAGAUAUGGAUGCGGGACUUGAACGAAGAGUUACGUGGAAGAAGUUUCGUUCGCUUGGAAAUCCGUAUUGGUUCUCGGCUAAGGAUUUUAAAGAUGGGAGGGAUGUGAGGAGGGAUUUGAGGGGUUUGGGUGUAUUACCUAUUAAUGUUUGGGGAAGUGGUCAGAGACAUAGUGGGUCGGAGAGAUUUGAUCAUGAGGAUGCUUGUAUAAAUCAUGUGUAUGGGAGGAGACCUUCUGUGUCUCUUUGGCAAAAAUUAUUUGGAUAA